AUGCCAGUAUCUGAGGAUCCGCCAUGUCAGAUGGAAGCAUGCGCAAUCCAGACUUGUCUGAGCAGAAACUCGUACAACCAGGAGCGGUGUCAGUCUAGCGUGACAGCACUCUACAAGUGCUGCGCAGAGAUGUACGAACGCGAAGGGGGCGGCGAUGGUUCUGCCCGUCGGAGGGGCAAGGGCGAGAAGGGCGACGCGGGCUCGACGGCUUGCCCGCUCAGAUCUGUCGUGCUUCGCAAGCUCAAAGAUCUCGAGCGAUGA